GGAAGAAGGCGGGGCCUCAGGGACCAGGAAUUUAAAACGGGACAGCUGCAGCUCAUGGUACCAAAGAUCUGCCAUCCACCUCAUCUCGUCUGAACCAUCAGAUCCAGUUCCCCUCAGAACAAUGAAGGCAGUGUUUGCUGCUCUCCUGGUUUUUGUGACCGUGUCCUCAGCUUUUGCCAAAUAUUUUCCAAAGACAGGAAAAAGGAUUCCACAGACUCUGUCCAGAGGGUGGGGGGACCAGCUGAUCUGGGCUCAGACGUAUGAGGAGGCUCUCUUCUGGUCCCGAUCCAAGAACAAGCCUCUGAUGGUUCUGUUCCACCUGGAGGACUGCCCACACAGCCAGGCACUAAAGAAGGUGUUCUCGGAGAACAAUGAGAUCCAGAAAACCCUUGAUGAAGACUUCAUUGUCCUCAAUCUGGUGUAUGAAACCACAGACAAACAUCUCUCUCCAGAUGGACAGUAUGUUCCACGAAUCAUUUUUGUUGACCCCACCAUGACGGUGAGAGCUGACAUCACUGGCCGUUACUCCAAUCGCAUGUACGCCUAUGAAACUGGAGACAUCAAACUAUUGAUCACCAACAUGCAGAAGGCUAAAAAGCUGCUGAAGUCUGAGCUGUAAGCAGCUAUCUACCAGCAGACAGAACCACCACAGACCUUCAGAAUAUGGUCUCCAUCUUUCUGUUGAGGAUGUUCAUUACUUCAGGUGUAUUUUUGAUGUUUUUUGAAUAAAUCCUGACUUGUUCCUACGA